GUUCCUGCCGGGUGCAGCGUCCAGUAGCUACUUCCGCCAGAAGUCACUAGCUUCUCGAGCUCGGAUGCUGCCCCGACGCUGGGUCGGUCUCCUCCGCAGCCCACCCGUCAGAGGCCGGUGGCAGCGGAGAGUGCAGGGCCUGGCGUGAAGCCUUCUCUGCGGCCGAGUCCGGGCCAGUGGUGCGGAAGAGACUCCGGGAAGCGGCCAGGGCGGUGCCCGCAGUCCUUGACGCACCUGCCCAAUAGGGGCGGGGCUCGACCGGAGCCCGCCCAACCGGGCGCUAGGUCUGCGGAUUAACCGCCUUGCACCUACGGGAGUGGGUCUCCCUUCCCUAGGUUGCGUGAAACAUGGAGUUCGCCGAGCUGAUUAAGACCCCACGGGUGGACAAUGUGGUGCUGCAUCGGCCUUUCUACCCCGCCGUGGAAGGGACCCUGUGUCUGACAGGCCACCACCUGAUCCUGUCUUCCCGGCAGGACAACACGGAGGAGCUCUGGCUCCUCCAUUCAAAUAUCGACGCCAUUGACAAACGAUUUGUGGGCUCUCUAGGUACUAUCAUCAUAAAAUGUAAAGAUUUCCGAAUAAUUCAGUUGGAUAUUCCUGGAAUGGAGGAGUGUUUAAAUAUAGCCAGUUCCAUUGAGGCAUUGUCCACUCUGGACUCGGUCACCCUGAUGUACCCUUUCUUCUACCGACCCAUGUUUGAAGUGAUUGAAGAUGGCUGGCAUUCCUUCCUUCCUGAGCAAGAAUUUGAGUUCUACUCCUCUGCUACCAGUGAAUGGAGACUGAGCUAUGUCAAUAAGGAAUUUUCCAUCUGCCCUUCCUACCCACCAACUGUCAUUGUGCCCAAGUCCAUCGAUGACGAAGCACUUCGGAAGGUGGCAGCCUUCCGUCAUGGGGGGCGCUUCCCAGUCCUGAGCUAUUAUCAUAAAAAGAAUGGCAUGGUGAUUAUGCGAAGUGGUCAGCCCCUGACUGGCACAAAUGGACGAAGGUGCAAGGAAGAUGAGAAGCUGAUAAAUGCCACCCUCAGGGCAGGAAAGCGUGGCUACCUUAUUGAUACCAGAUCCCUAAAUGUGGCCCAGCAAGCAAGAGCCAAAGGAGGUGGCUUUGAACAGGAGGCUCAUUAUCCCCAGUGGAGGCGGAUUCACAAGUCCAUUGAGAGAUACCAUGUUCUUCAGGAGAGCCUAAUCAAACUCGUGGAAGCAUGUAAUGAACAAACCCACAACAUGGACCGAUGGCUGGGCAAGUUGGAGGCCUCCAACUGGCUGACACACAUCAAAGAGAUUCUGACCACUGCCUGCCUGGCGGCCCAGUGCAUUGACAGGGAAGGUGCCUCAGUGUUGAUUCAUGGGACAGAAGGGACUGAUUCCACACUGCAGGUGACUUCUCUGGCCCAGAUCAUCCUGGAACCGAGAAGCAGGACCAUCCGAGGCUUUGAGGCCCUGAUAGAGAGAGAGUGGCUGCAGGCUGGUCACCCGUUCCAACAGCGCUGCGCACAGUCAGCCUACUGCAGCAGCAAGCAGAAGUGGGAGGCCCCCGUGUUUCUUCUCUUCCUGGACUGCGUGUGGCAGAUCCUCCGGCAGUUCCCUUGCUCCUUUGAGUUUAAUGAGCAUUUCCUCAUCAUGCUCUUUGAACAUGCUUAUGCCUCACAGUUCGGAACAUUCCUGGGCAACAAUGAAAGUGAAAGGUGUAAGUUGAAACUACAGCAGAAAACAAUGUCUUUGUGGUCAUGGGUCAAUCGUCCCAAUGAGCUGAGUAAAUUCACCAAUCCACUCUUUGAAGCCAACAACCUGGUCAUCUGGCCUUCUGUAGCUCCACAGAGUCUCCAGCUGUGGGAAGGAAUCUUCCUACGCUGGAGCAGAUCUUCUAAGUAUCUGGACGAAGCGUAUGAGGAAAUGGUGAACAUCAUUGAAUAUAACAAGGAGUUACAAGCCAAGGUCAAUGUCCUGAGAAGGCAGUUGGCUGAAUUGGAAACAGAGGAUGGGCUACGAGAGAGUCCUUGAAAGAUCUCCUGCCUGUCCUGAGGACUGUUUAGGCCUGAGUCCGUCUCUCCCUCUGUUUGCCCUUCACUUCAUGUACACGGUAGCCUUGAACUUGGCUGUAGGUGUGGGAUCCCUGUAUUGGUAUGGCCUUCUAAGCACUUCGAGGUGGAAGUCACUAACACAGAGAUAUGGCCUGUUAGGCCCUUCACUUUGGGAGCAGGAGGUGCUAUCACCUCACUACCCGUAUGACACCUAUGCCCUAUGCUGUUCUCCAUCAUCAGUUUCUGAACAGUGGUCCAGACUAGUUAAGAGUCAUCCACAACAUGGGCCAGGCUGGCAUUCAAGUAUAGAGGUGGAUAUGGUUGAGAAGUCAGAAUUGUAUGUUUCCCAUGUCAUCUUACCCCUAUCCUCCACUCCCAGCUAUAAAAUGAUCAUUCUUUUUAAAAACAGUUUUGGACUUAAAAAAGCCUGUUUUGUCAAGGAGGAAAAUCAGAAUAGUUAUUUGCGAUAAAUCUUUGUACAGGGGCAACAGGCGUGGUCCUCUGAUAACUUCAUUAAGAAAAGAUAAAUUUGCAAGUAGACACUAAAAGUGUGUGCCCUAGAGAACUGAAGUAGGAAUUCCUUACUGGUAGCCAUGUGCUACCUUUGCACAGGCUUUUCGGGUUUCUGACCAUACAUACAAAAUGGACUUUGAGCCAUGAGUGUGAAUGAAGCCAUAGCUUGAAUAGAAUUCACUUUUUAGAACUAUACAGCACAGACAGCAUCUGUGACCUUCUUAUGUCGGAGUUCUUAUUGCACUGGUUGGUAUUUACCUCCAUGUGACUUAUUUUACUUUUAAGUAUUUUAAGAGUUGACUUGUGCCACAACUAGACUUUGAUGUCAGUGCAAGCCGUUUGUAAACCCGUCUCGGUGUUAGGCAAACAGGAUGGCACUGGAGUUGGAAGCUAGGAAAGUGACACAGCUGCUUGAGACCUUGCUGUGUCAGAAGCAGGGGUGCAGUGGUGCAGACAGCUGAGUGCAUGCCGGUGGCUUGGUGCUUUCCAGCUGUCUGGCUCAUGGCAGUUGACAACUGCUUGUUAUUGCAAAUGCUGUCAUUUCUAGAAGAGAAUACUUGCAGAAUAAGUUUUAAAGCCAUGUCAACUCCAUCUAUAUAUAUCAUUUCCCUGACCCCUCUUUGAGUUGUGUAUCAAGGCGAAAAUAGAAUCGCUGCAGGUGUCACCUCUCUAAUCCUAGCACUAGGAAGACUGAGGCAGGAGGAUUUAAGUUAAGGAGGAUUUAAGCCAUCCCUGAGCUAUGAUGUAUAGUGGGUUCCUGGCUAGCCUACCUAUUGAGUGAGGCUAAGACUCCAGCAGGGUAUGUGGGCCCUGCCAAGGCACUGCUUUCCAUCUCCAGCCGCCCUGCCUCCUCUUCCUUCCUCCUUCCUUCCACCUUGGCAAAGGUCAGGCACCAAUCAGCAGUCCCAGUUCUGCUUAUGGAUUUGCCCACUGCCACCUCCAAGCUAGGCUCUACUCUUGACCUACUCUUUGACUUAUUGAGGAGUGGAGCACACACAGGCUGUCAUUCUGAAGGCCUGUUUUCAUGAAUUUCAAAGAAGAAAUUGCCUGGAUUUCUUGGGGCUCAGUCACUAGCCCCAUCAUUCUUCUGCCCUACAGGUUUUCUCCUAUUUUUUGUCUCAGCCAUGUGUAAAGGAGUCCUCAACUUCUCAGCUGAUCCAUAAGAAAAACCAUCAAGAGAUUUUUUUUCCUUUGUAGUUCUUAAAAAGUGAUUCCCACUGUUGUGGACCAGCCUUAAGGCUUCUGUGCACAGAGAUGUGGGGGAUUUCUUAUGUUUGGUCAGGAGAGCUCUGCUGCACCCAUUGUGCCUGUCUUCUUUAUGACACCCCUGUGCAUCCCCGAGUCAUAACUCCUGUAUUCCAGUUCCUUUGCCAUUUUCUGUUUCCCAUGAAAACAGUCAUCACUGUUUGACAAGCUUGUAUUUAGUAUUUAUUUAUAAGUAGAGAUUAUCUAAAUAUUAGCUUUAAAAGCAAACCUUGGUAUCGUUCCAUUUUCCAAGGGCCGGUUUCCUAAACUCAAGAACUCGGUUAAACACAGGUGUUAUCACUGAGUUGGAGUUUUAUGGCGUAACACUGUCUGUAUCCUUCCCUUGGAUGCAAUGAAUAAAUACAGCAGUUGCACUCA